AUGUUGAAUUACCAUGAAAUGACCAUGGACGAGGCCAAGGACUCUCCGCAAAAGAAAAAGCAAUUUGCCGUAACCUGCACCAUUAUGGGGGGCGUUAUUGUUUAUAUGCUCAUGACUUCCGGGGCCUUUCAAUCUGUAAAUCCUAUCCAAGGCAAGUUCCCUGGUGGAAACUACGUCUACAAGUAUACCGCUCGGGACUACGCGGCCAGUGGAGGUUUGGGAAGGGCCAUUAUGGAAGAUCUGAUCAACACCAGAUUGGCGAACAAACAAGAAAUUAUUCCGCAAUACAAACUCGAAGAGCAGGUUCAUCACCUUUAUCUAGAAAAUCCAGCUGGAAGAGGAGGACCUCGACAACGGUUCAUGUCUGGUUUGGUGAUUCCCAAAUCUAAGACGGACGAUGACACUAUGGCGUUGCUCAUGGGAUUGAACGACGACACCAAAAAGUCAGAAUUCACAAAGGAUGAACAGCACAUAUUGUCAGCCAUUGAAAUCUAUAACAUGUUGCCUUAUGAGACGGCCGAGCUGCCUCCUGUGGAUGCCUUGGUCUUGCAAUUCCCAUGGACGGGUGGUAUUUCGUCCAUCUUGGUCCAAUCCAUGAAGGUUAUUCCAAAAAUGCACAAACUCGCUGCCGCAAAACUAAACGAUGGCGACCAAACAGUGGUCAUCAGUGCGUGUAGCAAGGACGAACAAAUGUGCACGCAUUAUGCUCCUUUGGAAAAUGUAGAAGCCUUUUUGUUGGGACGUCCGACCACUAAGGAUUUCAAUGAUGCGUUGGGCAAGGAGGAAGUGGUAGAUUGGGCAGGCAUGAAAUUGACUUUGGAUUAUGCAGCCACCAAGUGGAAGGAAUGGACGGGACUCAAGAAAAAGGAAGUACCGGCUCCUGUGCUGGAGGAAGAAGGAGAAGCCAAGGCGGAACUAUAA